AUGGCAGACGCCGAAACUAAUUUUAAGAGUGAAGAAAGCCUGAACCCGGAACCAUUAUCAGAAUUGAAAUCCGGUUUAAUAGAGGAUCAAACUAGACGCCUCACUAGAAAAUUGCCAGUCUCUCAUGUUUGGAUAACUUCUGCCUAUUAUUAUCCGACUUCUAAAUCACUUGGUGAUAAUGCAGUCGCUAUGGCAAUGGUUGUAGACACGAUCAAUUUUAAUGUUAAUAAUGCCACCUAUAAUAUUAUUGGAUCUAACUCAACUCAUACAGAAGCCAGUUUAGCUACUUCUCAAACAGAAGGCGUUCCAACUUGCCGGUAUGCUCCUGCUAUGGCAAGAGCUAACACUGUAGAAAAUGUUACAAAACUAGAAAUGGAAUCGAAUGGAAUCAAAGUGGAGAUUCCAUUCAAAAUGGCUAGAUAUACUGCUCCAAAACCUGUCAUCAUCUGUAUUUCACCACAGUUUGUUGCCGAGCAGUGGCAGAUAUUUAUGAUGCAUGUUCAUGUGGCGAAUCGAUUUGGUGGGCACCUUCACAUCUAUCUCACUUCUAUCAUCGAAUCAUUUUUUGAGCUGAUGAAAGAAUACGAGAGACAAGGAUAUAUUACUCUAGAUUAUUGGAUUCGAAUGAAGUUCCAGCACACCCAAACUCCAUAUUUCGAGCCAAAUGAAAAUAUUGAAUGGAGGAACCAGGCAGGAGCCCAAACAGAUUGCCUCCUUCAGUACAAGGAAGCAGCGGAAUACAUUGCAUUCUUUGAUAUGGAUGAUAUUCUCUUUCCUAAAAACUACCCAACGUAUUUGGAAGAGUUCAAUGCAGAGUGGGCUCUUCAACCACGUGCCACGUCGGUGUUCUAUGGAAGACGAGAACAUGAAUUUGUUAAAGCGGAAACUCUUGACGAAUUCAGCUUCAUUGAUCUAAUUAAGAGCCUUCGAUCUUCUCCGACUGUAAAACGAGGGAAAGUUGUAGUGAAACCGGAUAGAUACAAUUCCACGUGGAUUCAUUACAGUAAUAAUGAAAAUGAGGCCACCAGAAGGUCAAUUGAUAAUCCAACGAUUGUUCAUGUACAACGUCCCUUGCAAAAACACGGAAACAAUAACAUAACGAAACUAUGGAAAAUGGAGUUUGGACCUUUGAAUGAGACGAUUCGAGCUCAUGACGUGAAGGCAAUGGAAGAUGAUCUGAAUCGUUUCCGAAAGAUUCCAACGAUUUCUGAGAUUGCGCCAAAACUUCCAUCUGAAGAUUUUUAUCUUCCCAUCGUUUUCAAAUGUUAUUACGACGCAUUUUAUGAUAAUGCAUUUGAUCACAGAAGAGCAAAACAUGGAUGUCCGAAUGCUGAUACUUGCGAACUUCCGCAAAGAAAAGAAUAUAAAUAUCCUAUGAAUGUGUGCUGUGUAGCUCAUGACAGUUGUUACAACUCUCAAGUUGGAAAAGAUCCAUGCGACAAUAUGUUCUGUGAAUGCCUCAGUAUGGCUACCGAGAAAAAUUUGUGUGCUGUUGAUGCUGCCGGGCUCUGUGCUGCUGUUCGUCUUUUCGGUCAAACCGCAUACGAGACCCUAGGAGGAUCACAAGGGGUAUCACCCAGUAUCAAUUGA